UUGCUGAAGCUAAUAGCUGUAAAUCAAAUUCAGAAGGUAGUUGUGGAAGAAAUGAUUACAGAACAGAACAAGAGAAAUCCAGUGUGGCCUUUUACUCAUUCAUCUCGAAGAACUUUGCGCUCCCGCCUGCUGGCAGGAUGUUUGUCUAUGACGUAGUGGUAACUAACAAAGGGAAUGGGUACAGCAAGAAAACAGGUGUUUUCACUGCCCCUAGAUCAGGGGUGUAUGCAUUUUCCUGGACGCUUGUUGCUGCUGGACGACAUGUUGCAGGAACCAAGGGUGCUUUCGGGGAAACAGCGACUCAUAUACUGCAGAAUGAUGUAAUAAAAGGUACUCUUCAUGCUGAUACGGAAAAAUACGGGGAUGCUGGAACAUCGACAGGAUUUGUUAUACUUAACCUGGAAAAGGAUGACGAUAUCAAAAUAUCUAGUGCCAGCUGGAACGGACAAGGAUCUGCUUAUAGCAAUGAAAAUUAUGGCAGAUGGUCAUUCUCUGGUUUUAAAAUAACUUAGUAUUGUAGCUUUACUGAACAAAAAGUUCUCCAAUAAAAC